AUGGCCGACCUUACCGGCGAGAAGGAGCUCAUCUCUACUCUUGAAACGCUCUUUGCGAAAUACUUCGACGUGAAGGACGAGUAUUCGUCCAGAGAGAAGACACAUGAGGAUAGAUUUUGGGGCACGUAUUUGCGCUCGAUGGAGGGUGAAGACGAAGCGCUUCCGAAAGACUGGGAUGGUAAUACAGGCAGCAUCUUGACUUUCACAGGUCUCUUCGCCGCAACCGUCGCGGCGUUUCUGGUAGAGAGCUACACCUCUCUCUCACCGGACCCUGGGGAUCAGACCGUUGCUCUCCUGACGCAAAUGCUCGCUGUAGCGACGAACUCAUCCUCCGUCACCGAUGUCAAACUUGCGGCCGCCGUUCCAUUUCAAGUCUCUAUUGCGGCCGUUGUAGUGAACUCGUUAUGGUUCUGCAGCCUCGCUCUCGCCCUCGCAUGCGCUCUCCUGGCCACGCUGGUACAACAGUGGUCUCGUGACUACGUGCAAGAUCUCAAAAAGAAGGUCUCCCUAGAUGAGAGCGUCGGCAGUCGUGCGCUGAAUCACAUAUACAUCCGUAUGGGCGUGGAUCGCUACGGAAUGAACGGGGUCGUCAACAUCAUUGUGGCCUUGGUCCAUCUCUCGGUGGUGCUCUUUGCCGUCGGACUGGUCAUAUUUCUGAUACCUAUCAACAAUGUGGUGUAUUUGUGUACACUAUCUAUACUGAGCCUGCUGGGGGCAGCGUAUCUCAUCGCCGCCGUGCUCCCCAUUAUCGAUGCUAGUUGCCCGUUCAGAACACCUUUGACAUACCCCCUCGGCCUUGUUUAUAUCGUUCUUUCUCAUGCGCAAGGCAUGAGCAUUUGGUCGCGGAUACCGAAUGGUUGGCUGGUGGUUGUCUUGCGACUUGGUCAUGAAGUGUUGACCUCUGUAUCAGCACUGUUGAAGUCGCUUUGCAAUGCAAUCACUGCAUCGCAGCGGUGGCAGGCACUCCGGUCUUUGUGGGAGGUUCCUGUCAACCAGUCUAUGAUCUUGCACAAAAGGACAUCGCACCGAACGACAGGGAAGGACGUGACUAUCUCCCGGUUCGUGUUCCUGUGGGACCAUAUGAUACGUCAAACGGUUAUCGAUUCUUCUGCCAGCCUAAGUCAGUGGAAGACCAUGUUAUUGGCUAUAUCGGGGAUCCUGUGCUCUGUAUCAGACAGAGAUGUUCGCGGAGGGUGUUUGGAACAUUUGCUGCGCAGUUCUAUACUCGCAGAACAAUUGAUGGAACUUCUACCACUUCUGAAAUAUGACCUCGAGAUAUAUGUGACGAUACUUCAGAUGGUUUCCGUUUUGAUAUUGAAGGCCUGCGUCACAGCUGAUGAUUGGGAAAGUGAGGCAGCCAUUCGGCGUUACCUCUAUAUCCUAUAUUAUCUGGUUGGCAACCCUGUUGAUGACUUCAUGGGUGAUAGAGCGUAUCAUCUAACGGCAUGCCUCCAUGUAUUCAACUUUCGCUGGUCUCUACUCCAGCUUGGGUAUCUGUCUGAUGAUUCAACACUCGGAGAGGAGUCUGAUGAUCCUGGCAAAGCUGCAUUGAAUGAGAUCCUGAGCUUGCGUUACAAGCAUGGUUCUGUCCCAUGGGAUUACUUGCAUAGGAUGUGUCUCUUUGACGAGCACUUCUCGCGUCAAGUAGUAAUACAUCCAAAGGCGCUCCUUCUCUUAUUGAACAACUCGACGUUCAACGGGGUAGACAAUGUUGCGGCCGCAAGUUCCGGUUACUACCUCAACAAGGAGGUCUGUCUUCUACCGCUUCACGAUGCAGACUGUUGUCUGUUGCCGGACCUGUCCGACUUCAAACACAUCGCGGCUCGGAAUAUCUUGACAAUGAUUAAACACAUCAUAGAUACUCCCGAGUCAGACCGUGUUCAAGCGCUGGAUCGGGACGAUUGGAGCAAUAGCCCAAGCGGUUUACUGCGAGAAACGAAACCUUUCAUGGACUGGAUCUCCCAUUAUGACGAAUGCUUCGCUUUGGACCCGGAAGACUGCACCCAUCCACCGUCCCGAGACUUCAUCAACUUACUGCAAAGUAUCGGGCUUGGGAAUUGGGCUGAGCCAGAUGGCAGUAGACUCCCGUUUUACGAAUAUGAUCCCAACUCCGCGCUCUAUGCAUUGGAUCUCAACGCGAUAUACAGAGAAUCCGAAGGGACAUAUCAGGAACCACUCACUCUGGGUGUCGUCCUCCAGAAGCUUGCAAGCUGUGUUGACAUGAGAGCGAGUGGUUCCAUAAAUGCCCAUGCUGGGUUGUCCGGUGCGACUGACGACGUCGAGGAGACAGAUCCAGUUGAUUGGAGAGGGGAGAUUGCAGAUGUAGACUGGGCGACAUGGAACCACCUGCAAGAACGGAAAAGGGUUGUCGAGGAUAACAUGCGCAGUUUGCUCGAUCACGAACAAUCGCUCGAAGCGGCACAGGGUCAACAACACCGUGACGUCCAUGAGACUCAGGCCCUGGAGGAGGAGCUAGGUCGGUUGCAGAUGCAGGAGCAAUGGCUGAACGAUAUGUUUGCUGAACACGGUGAACGGGAUCCUAUGGUCUUGGAACAAGGGCGUAUAAUCCUCCAGAACGCGGGAUUGAAAGUCAAGACAGCACUGGUCCCGCUUCAUACAAGCGAGCAGAAGCCAGCUCUCUCUUGUACGGACCAACUGGAGAGUAUGCAUAGUGAUGAGCUCGCCGUGGACCAGGAAGAGCGACCUGCACGACCGUCCGAGAUUGACGACGGCAUAGUGAUUAGUGAGGAGGGCGGGAUAGACACAGGUGAUGGUCGGGUGUUGCGAGCGGACGAUGGACCGAUGCUGAAUAGCAGCGAUGUCGAUGGCCUGCUCGAGGAUGCCCACACGGUGGGUGAGGGGCGAGUGAACGAAAGCGAUGGGGGGAAUAGCGUCAUGAUUGAUCAGUCGGAGCGUGUUGUAUCGCGCGGAUAG